AUGAUUCGAGGGAUCCUUGUUUUUAUCUCCACAUCUUUUCUCUCUCUUUUCCUUCUCCGCCUUUUUGGUGUCGUCCGCCUCGCCGCCCACAUCCCAUUCGUCGGCGGCUGGCUGCGGUGGAGCGGCUCGGCGCUCUCCCCUUCGAAGGUGGUUGGCGUGGAGAAGAACUGCUAUAUCGAGCCACUCAUCAAGGGAGCCGGGCCACCGCGGAAUUUCACCAGAGGCCGGCGCCUACGCUCGAAGAACCAAGAUAAACGAGUUUCUUCUCCAUUCCUACGAGCGGAUGCUGAAUCGGUGCCCAUCGUCUCCAUCAGCCUCGCCUCCUCUGUCACUACAUUGUCUUUGUGCUGUUGGAGUCUUGGAGAUGCCAACAUCGUGGAGCAGCAUUGGAGGGGCCAUACACCUAAGAGCAUUGGCAGAUCGGAAGGGAUGGUUGUGGCGGUUGGUUGGUGUGCCGGUCGGCGAAGGGAAGAGCAGCAGCGCGCAUCCGCAGUCUAAUUGUCAGGUGGAGGAACAUGGGGGUGAUGGUGGUGGCUGACUUUCAAGUCCGGGACGGUUUCUUUGAUUUAGACCCAUCCUACAAAUCUUAGGUUUAUCUUAAUCUAGAUUUCCUAUUUUUGGUACUAUAUGAUUUGCUUCCAUCUAGAGACGUUAAAUGAAAUCUUUUUCUGCCUGCACGAUGAGCUAACGUCCUUGGGCAUAACUAUUUUUCUAUUCUUCAUGAUC